AAGCAGCCGCCAAUCAGAGCAGGGGAUGGAAGCAAGUGGGGGUCGCGCCUGGAGCGGAGCCUCGGCCUCCGGAGCCGCAGCUGCAGGCCGCUGCUGAGCUGAAAUGGCUCCAGUCUGACGCUCCAUACAUGCUCCCAGGUCCCGGCAAAUGUGCACAGACUGCUGGCUGCCGUGGAAGAUUUAAACAGCCCAGGUCCCCAGAAGACGCAGCAUUCCUUCUGCCUGGAUGUGUGGGAACUUCCUGCCAACUUAAUUGGUGGAUCUGGGGGGGAUCCACCCCCCACCCCAAGAGGAAAGCGGUUUCUUUGUGGGUGGAGCUUCUGGCGUGCCGGCCCUUGAAUGAUGGCCACCCCAGUGGUUACCAAGACUGCCUGGAAGUUGCAGGAGAUUGUGGCCCAUGCCAGCAAUGUGUCCUCACUUGUGCUGGGCAAAGCCUCUGGGCGGCUGCUGGCGACAGGCGGGGAGGACUGCCGUGUCAACCUGUGGUCCAUCAACAAGCCUAACUGCAUCAUGAGCCUGACGGGCCACACGUCCCCAGUGGAGAGCGUCCGCCUCAACACCCCUGAGGAGCUGAUCGUGGCGGGUUCCCAGUCAGGCUCCAUCCGCGUCUGGGACCUGGAAGCUGCCAAAAUUCUUCGCACCCUCAUGGGACACAAAGCCAACAUUUGCAGCCUGGAUUUCCAUCCCUAUGGCGAGUUCGUGGCCUCCGGUUCCCAGGACACAAACAUCAAGCUGUGGGACAUCAGGAGGAAAGGCUGUGUCUUCCGAUACCGGGGGCACAGCCAGGCCGUGCGGUGUCUCCGGUUUAGCCCCGAUGGGAAGUGGUUGGCAUCGGCUGCAGACGACCACAUGGUGAAGCUCUGGGACCUGACUGCUGGCAAGAUGAUGUCCGAGUUUCCUGGCCACACAGGGCCUGUCAACGUAGUGGAGUUCCACCCCAACGAGUACCUCCUGGCCUCCGGUAGCUCUGACAGGACAAUCCGAUUCUGGGAUCUAGAGAAGUUCCAGGUGGUGAGCUGCAUCGAAGGAGAACCGGGGCCAGUGAGGAGCGUCCUCUUCAACCCCGAUGGCUGUUGCCUGUACAGCGGCUGCCAGGACUCACUGCGUGUCUAUGGCUGGGAGCCCGAGCGCUGCUUUGACGUGGUCCUCGUCAACUGGGGCAAGGUGGCUGACCUAGCCAUCUGCAACGACCAGCUGAUAGGUGUGGCCAUCUCCCAGAGCAAUGUCUCCUCUUACGUGGUGGACCUGACCCGGGUUACCAGGACGGGCACGGUAGCCCAGGAUCCCGUGCAGGACAGCCGGCCCCUGGCGCAGCAGCCACCCAACCCCAGUGUCCCACUCCGGCGCAUCUAUGAGCGGCCCAGCACGACCUGUAGCAAGCCUCAGAGGGUAAAGCAGAACUCGGAGAGUGAACGGCGCAGUCCCAGCAGUGAGGAGGACCGGGACGAGCGUGAGUCUCGGGCUGAGAUCCAGAAUGCUGAGGACUACAAUGAGAUCUUCCAGCCCAAGAACAGCAUCAGCCGGACACCACCCCGAAGAAGUGAACCCUUCCCAGCACCCCCAGAGGAUGAUACGCCCACAGUGAAGGAGGCAGCAAAGCCCAGCCCAGCCAUGGAUGUGCCGUUCCCAAUGCCAAAUCUUGAGGCCCCACCCCGGCCCCCGGCCAUCACCUCCGCAUCUGCACCCAAGGGUGAGCCCGCCGUCAUUCCUGCCACCCGGAAUGAGCCCAUCGGGCUCAAGGCCUCCGACUUCCUGCCUGCUGUGAAGAUCCCGCAGCAGGCGGAGCUGGUGGACGAGGAUGCCAUGUCGCAGAUCCGCAAAGGGCACGACACUAUGUGUGUGGUGCUCACCAGCCGUCAUAAGAACCUGGACACUGUGCGGGCUGUGUGGACCACAAGUGACAUCAAGACCUCGGUGGACUCGGCUGUGGCCAUCAAUGACCUCUCGGUAGUAGUGGACCUGCUGAACAUUGUCAACCAAAAAGCCUCCCUGUGGAAACUGGAUCUGUGCACCACUGUCCUGCCGCAAGUCGAGAAGCUUCUACAGAGCAAAUAUGAGAGCUAUGUGCAGACGGGCUGCACCUCCCUAAAGCUGAUCCUGCAGCGGUUUCUGCCCCUCAUCACAGACAUCUUGGCAGCGCCACCCUCUGUGGGUGUUGACAUCAGCCGGGAGGAGAGGCUACACAAGUGCCGGCUGUGCUAUAAGCAGCUCAAGAGCAUCAGCGGCCUCGUCAAGAGCAAGUCGGGCCUGAGUGGCCGCCAUGGCAGUGCCUUCCGAGAGCUACACCUGCUUAUGGCCAGUUUAGACUGAGCAUUCCAGCAGGUGGGGGCAGGCCUUGGGCCUGGCCUCAGCGUCGACUCCUGCUCCCUGUGUGUACACCGGCUCACAAGCCCCCGCCUGAACUGUCCUGGAGAAGGCAGUGCUGGCUCCCCAGAGACCUCUGCAGCCUGGAACGCAAGAUGAUGAACUCCAGCAAUGGCUGCCCAGCUUUGCCUGACUUUUGCCUGCUUAGGACAGUGAACUGAGCCCCAGGGCUGCUACUGUAAUUUAUAAGGUGAAUUUUAUUAAAUUUGUAACUCUU